AGCCCCUCUCCCCCGUGGACCUUUUCUUGAAACCCUACGAACUUCCCAUCUCCCUCCGUCUAACUGUAAUGCUGCCCCGCCUCCGACCGUUCGCCCAGGCCUUCUCACGACAACGUCCCUUGACCAGGUCCUCCUUCCAGACCCAACCAUCUCAUUUCGCGCACACAAUGGCACCAGUCGUCCUCCCCUCCGACCGCCGGCCGAUCGUCAUCUCGGGUCCCUCGGGCGUCGGUAAGGGCACUCUCUACAAGCUUCUCUUCGAGCGCCACCCGGACACCUUUGCCCUCUCCGUUUCCCACACCACCCGCGGGCCCCGCCCGGGCGAGAGCGACGGCGUCGACUACCACUUCGUCACACGCGAGGCCUUUGACGAUCUCGUCGCCCGCGACGGCUUCGUCGAGCACGCCGUGUUCGGCAGCAACGCCUACGGCACCUCCAAGGCCACCAUCGAGGAACAGUCCGCCAAGGGCAAGGUCGUCGUCCUCGACAUUGAGAUGGAAGGCGUCAAGCAGAUCAAGCAAUCAAACUUUCCUGCCCGCUACGUCUUCAUCGCGCCGCCCUCCGAAGAUGAGCUCGAGAAGCGCCUCCGCGGCCGCGGCACCGAAAAGGAGGAGAGCAUCCAAAAGCGCCUCGCCCAGGCCAAGCUUGAGCUAGAGUUCUCAAAGACCCCCGGCGUCCACGACCUCAUCAUCGUCAACGACGACCUCGAGAAGGCCUACAAGAUCCUCGAAGACUUUGUCUACAAGUCUUCCUAAGCCACAAAACAUACGAGCGGGGAUACCUCCGGUAUGCGCGCGAGAGAGAAAGAGAGAGAGAGAGAGAGAGAGAGAGAGAGAGAGAGAGAGAGAGAGAGAGAGAGAGAGAAUAGGAUCUGACCGAGGUCAGAUGGGGCGGCAGGGCGAGGCGUUGGGCACUGGAUACACUUUGGAAUACAACAACUUUGCGGGUUUCCUCUACAUAGCGCGGGUGGUUAUUGUGCAUGCAUAUAUCAUAUUAGACACAGAAAAAGCAAUUUAGAGAGCCAUACAUGGCUGAACCUUUGGCCAGAAUUUGGCCAGAGGAAUAAAUCACUCAACAC